AUGCUGGUGGUCCUGCUCACAGCAGCCUUAUUGGCCCUGAGCUCUAUUCAGAGCUCAAAUGCAGCAAUCAUCUAUGGAAACCCUUCUUCACAGUUCUUAGAGGGAGAACAGCAAAACCAAGGCCAGGGUCAACAGCACCAGAGACCCCCUCCUGGAGAAUUCCCCCCAGGACCUUCUGCCUCUGAAGAAGAUGAUGGUGAUAAUGAUGAUGACAGUGAAGAAGAUGGAAAUGCACCAGAGGGACCACCACAGCAAGGAGACAAUAACCAGAAACCUCACCCUCCUAGACCUGGAAACCAGCAAGGCCCACCCCAGCAGGGAGGCCAGCAGCAGAAUAAACCUCCUAAACCUGGAAACCAGCAAGGCCCACCCCAGCAGGGAGGACCCCAGCAGAAUAAACCUCCUAGACCUGGAAACCAGCAAGGCCCACCCCAGCAGGGAGGACCCCAGCAGAACCAGCAAGGCCCACCCCAGCAGGGAGGACCCCAGCAGAACCAGCAAGGCCCACCCCAGCAGGGAGGUCAGCAGCAGAAUAAACCUCCUAAACCUGGAAACCAGCAAGGCCCACCCCAGCAGGGAGGACCACAGCAGAACCAGCAAGGCCCACCCCAGCAGGGAGGACAGCAGCAGAAUAAACCUCCUAGACCUGGAAACCAGCAAGGCCCACCCCAGCAGGGAGGACCCCAGCAGGGAGGUCAGCAGCAGAACCAGCAAGGCCCACCCCAGCAGGGAGGACAGCAGCAAAAUCGCCCUCCUAGACCUGGAAACCAGCAAGGCCCACCCCAGCAGGGAGGACAGCAGCAAAAUCGCCCUCCUAAACCUGGGAAUGAGCAAGCACCACCCCAGCAGGAAAGUGAGGAACAGCAAAGUUACCUGUAG